AUGAUUUCUGUUGUAAAGAGAUUAGUUUGUUGUGUCCUUCUAUGUGUUAUAGUUGUUUCUAGUUUCAAUUUCAAUAAUGAAAUAAAACAAAAAAAUUACUUGGUUUUACAAAAAGCAUAUAUAGAUUGUAAAAAUUAUAAUGUUGUAAAUAAUAAAAAUAAAAAUCUCAGUAUAAAUUAUGGGGAAUUGUAUUGUAAUGAAGAUCCAUUUUGUCAAUAUUUUUUAUUCAAUAACAAAAAAAAAGAAAUAAGAUUAUGUUACGAUAAAAAAAUUGUUUUAAAGAAACCAAAAUAUGAUCAUUUAUGGUUAACAAGCAUAAAAGUAAAAGUUUUUGAGAAUUUUUCUCCUUGUCUUGUUAAUACCCAAGGGAUAUGUAACCAUAAAGUUGAUAAAUUUUUUUUUAAUACAUUAAAUGAAGCAAUAAAAAAGAGAAAGGAGAUAAAAGAAAAUUUCAUGAUCUUAAACUUUCAACCAAAAGAAAAAGAAAAAAAAAUAGAGGCAUAUUUUUGUGAAACGAUUGAUUACUUUGUUGAUAGAGAAGGAUAUGUUGUCUUUGAUUUUAUUAAAAUAAAAAAUCCACAUCAAUCAUGUUUAAGAACUCAAAAAUGUAGUCUAAGGGGAUCAAUACAACUAGAUGAUAGUAAGCAUGAUAAAGGAAUAAAUCCAGGUGAUAUUGUAGAAGCUCAUAAAUUUUAA